UCCUCUUCUCUUCUGGAGAGUAAUUUCUGAAGGAAUUUCAGAAAGGAGAAGAUCAAAAUCAUGAGCAAGCUCCAGAGUGAGGCAUUGAGGGAGGCCAUCACCCAACUUGUCAGCGAUGCCAAGGAGAAAAAGCGUAACUUUACGGAGACCAUUGAGCUGCAGAUUGGGCUAAAAAACUAUGAUCCACAAAAGGAUAAGCGUUUCAGUGGGUCUGUGAAGUUGCCACACAUUCCUCGUCCUAAAAUGAAGGUCUGCAUGCUUGGUGAUGCCCAGCAUGUUGAAGAGGCAGAGAAGAUAGGAUUGGACUAUAUGGAUGUUGAAGGACUCAAGAAGAUGAACAAAAACAAGAAGUUGGUCAAGAAGCUUGCGAAGAAAUACCAUGCUUUUCUAGCAUCAGAAGCCAUCAUCAAGCAGAUCCCUCGACUUCUGGGCCCUGGUCUCAACAAAGCAGGAAAGUUCCCCACAUUGGUGUCUCAUCAGGAAUCCCUAGAGGCAAAAGUUAAUGAGACAAAAGCUAUGGUGAAGUUCCAACUGAAGAAGGUGCUUUGCAUGGGAGUUGCCGUUGGGAACUGCGGGAUGGAAGAGAAGCAAAUCUUUCAGAAUGUGCAACUUAGCGUCAACUUCCUUGUAUCUUUGCUGAAGAAGAACUGGCAAAAUGUGAGGUGCCUGUACUUGAAGAGCACAAUGGGGAAGCCGAACCGCAUCUUCUGAGGUAUUCCUUUCUAUACAAUGUUUUUGGUUAGGUUCUUCAAGCGAAGCUCGCCAUCAUUUCUGUAGGAAAUACUGAGCUAUCAUUUUAGAUUGUUUUUUUUUUCUUUUUUCUUUUUCCCUUUUAUUAAAUGCUGAAUAUACUGCAGCCUGAGCAACUACUACCAAUGCUAAAUUCAUUGGACAUUGAACUGGUA